CACGUCUCCGGCCUGAAAAGCACUUGCAGAUCUCUCCCCACACACACUUCUUCAACUUCUUCACUGCUACACACCGAAGAACUUCAACCUCGCCCCGGCAGCAGUGCCGAGCGCAGAUACCUACUCUGCUGCUAUCUUAGCAGGCGGUUCUUCGCUUUGCAAAGGCUUCAUUCCUGCUUGCCUUCUCGCGCCCUCUUCUCGUCAGCGGCGACUAAGAAGAAUGAGCACGAUGGAUCCUGACAACGACGGUCGGAACGUCUCGGGAAAGCGGAAGCGGAACAGCGAUGAUGCAGGUUACGGCAGCGACAUCUUGGACGAAUCUGACCAAGAAAACGAGAUCUCACAACCCAGAGCCUCCCGAAAGAGACAAAUCACCAAUUACUACUCUGAUGGCAGAGGCCGGUGGAGCGCCCGUGCCAGCACCCAAGCCACGUCUUUCGGGAGCGACGAUGAUGACGAGGGCGAGCCAAGAAAGAGGACUCGGGAACUACGCCCCAGACCUAAGAGAAGCCCACAAAACCAGUCACCGGCCUUGCCCCUCUCACAGGAGAACGACGUGGACGAAUUGCAGAACUCGGACAAGGAUGACGGAGAUUUCAUCAUACAGUCAGACAUCGUCCGGUCCAAGACGAGGAAGAGGCUUCGGCCGAUAUCCUCCAGGACUAAGGAUUCGGAGGGCCGCCACUCGCAUAAUGUCAAUGACGAUAUCGAGUUUGAGACCCGCCGCUCGUCACGGGCGAACAAGAACACUAAGGUAAUCAUCGACUACGUGGAUGAUGAUGAAAUCUUUUACGGGGUCGAGGAAAAGGCCCCGGCCACGCCGAGAUUCGGCAGCAUGCGAGAGACAUUCCAGUCAGCGAGUUCCGACUUUAAGGAAGCCCACCGUCGUAACUGCGGUAGCUGCGGAUAUGUCGAACACAAUCCCAACAAGGGGCCUUUGAUCCAUUGCCAGGGCUGCUCUAACUCAUACCACAGGCUUUGCCUCGGCCCUAGAAACUCGCGCGACCAGCGUGUCACUAAGGUCGGCCAGGGCUUGUUUGUGAUGCAGUGCCGCUUCUGCAUAAGCACCUACAAGAAGGAUGCACGUGCUCCAAGCCACGACGUCUGCACGGGCUGCCACACCAAAGGCCCGUCUUGCGCGCCCUUUUCCCAGAAGAAGACGCCCAAGCAGGAGGAAAAGCUGCGCGUCGAAAAUGGCGGCGUUGAUCCCGUCACCCCCGUGGCACCCAAUCUCAUCGACAACCCGAAGAACGUCUUGUUCCGCUGUGUUCGCUGCCACCGCGCCUGGCACUACGAGCAUCUUCCCCACCCAAACAAGACACGCGACCCUGCCAUGGACGACCCCCAGAACCUCCACAAGCACCGCCUGGACGAGUACCAGAUAAGCUGGCACUGCAAGGAGUGCAUGGACACGGAGGAAGACAAAGUCGACAAGCUGGUUGCGUGGCGUCCGGCGAACCGCAGCAGCUACACGCGCGGCCAGACCAUUGAGGAGUUCACCGAAGAUGAGGUCGAGUACUUGGUCAAGUGGGAGAAGAAGUCAUACAACCACUGCACUUGGCUACCCGGCCCGUGGGUCUUUGGCGUCGUGCUUGCCAAUAUGCGUUUGGCUUUUGUGAAGCGCACUCAUGGCGAGAGGGCCGACGACGAAGAGCUCCGCCACGAGGUCACCGGGGACUCGCUCGUCCGAUGGACGCUGGAGGAAGCCGUCCAUGACUCGUGGAUCACGCCUGACAUUGUACUAGACGUCCAGUAUGCCCCCCGAUCGCGCGAGGCGGAGCAGAAAUGUAAGCGCUUGUCCCGAGACGAUAGGUUCGACGAGGACAAGAGCAGAAUAUUUCACGUCACCAAGAUUCUGGUCAAGUUCGAGGGUCUGGGCUACGACGACGUCGUGUGGGACACGCCGCCCCCAUCGGGCUCGGGUGCCAUGUACGACGCCUAUGUCGAUGCUUACCACGAAUAUCUGAACGGCAAGCACUUCGAGUCGGACCCCUGGCGCACCAUGAAGGAGCGUAUCAAAGGGCUCCGCAACAUGGACUUCAACACCGAGAUCCAAGUGAAGCAGCAGCCAAAGGGGCUGAAGCGCGGCAAACUGAUGGACUACCAGGUCGACGGCCUCAACUGGAUGCUAUACAACUUCCGCCACGAGCGAAAUGUGAUCCUUGCCGACGAAAUGGGCCUCGGCAAGACGGUCCAGGUUGUAGCCCUGCUCUCGAGCUUCAUCCAGGACAAUCCCAGAAUCUGGCCCUUCCUGAUCGUGGUACCCAACUCGACGUGUCCGAACUGGCGCAGAGAAAUCAAGAAAUGGGCUCCCGACCUGCGCGUGGUGGCCUACUACGGCGGGCGCGCAUCACAGAGCCUCGCUCACCAGUACGAGCUGUUCCCUGGAGGCAGCCGAGACCUGAAGGCCCACGUCGUCAUCAUGUCCUACGACUCAGCCAAGGGCCCCGACACUCGCCGCCGCUUUGCCGGGGUCAAGUGGGCUGGACUUGUCGUAGACGAGGCCCAGGCUCUCAAGAACCCCGAGAACACGCUGUACAAGGCCCUCAAUGACAUGAACAUCCAGUUCAAGCUGCUGCUCACGGGAACUCCCCUGCAGAACAACAAGCGCGAGCUGUUCAAUCUGCUGCAGUUUGUCGACCCUUCCAUCAGGGCUGAGAAGUUGGACGAGAGAUUUGCCGAGAUCACGAAGGAGAACCUUCCCGAGCUGCACGAACUGAUCCGGCCGUACUUUCUCCGGCGCACAAAGGCAAUGGUGCUGACCUUUCUGCCGCCCAUGGCGCAAAUCAUCAUACCCAUCAGCAUGUCUGUCCUGCAAGAGAAACUCUGCAAGUCGAUUAUGGAGAGGAAUCCGGAGCUGAUCCGGUCCGUGUUUGCGCGCGGAAAGCUGAAGGCCACCGAGAGGGGCCCCCUCAGCAAUAUUCUCAUGCAGCUGCGCAAGUGUCUGUGCCACCCCUUCGUAUACAGCCAGUCCAUCGAGGACCGCAACACAGGAAACGAUGAGCUCACGCGCCGAAACCUGGUCGAAGCUUCGUCCAAGCUCAUGCUGCUGGAAAUUAUGCUACCGAAGCUGAAAGAGCGCGGCCACCGCGUGCUCAUCUUCAGCCAGUUCCUCGACCAGCUGACCAUCCUCGAGGACUUUAUGAAUGGUCUCGAUCUCAAGUACGAGCGCCUAGACGGAGGCCAGUCGAGUAUGGAGAAGCAGCAGAAGAUCGACUUGUUCAACGCUCGAGACUCGAAGCUGUUUGCCAUGCUCCUCUCCACCCGCGCGGGCGGCGUGGGCAUCAACCUGGCGACAGCAGACACGGUCAUCAUACUGGAUCCCGACUGGAAUCCGCAUCAGGACAUACAGGCGCUGUCGCGAGCCCACCGCAUCGGCCAACAGAAGAAGGUGCUCUGCUUCCAGCUCAUGACGGUCGACUCGGCCGAGGAGAAGAUCCUCCAGAUUGGGCGGAAGAAGAUGGCGCUCGACCACCUUCUUAUCGAGACCAUGGAGGAGAAGGAAGGUGAAGUAUUGCACGACGUCGAGUCUGUGCUCAAGCACGGCGCCGCGGCCUUGUUCGGCGAGGGGGAGAAGAAGGAACGCAUUAACUACGAUGCGGCCGCUAUUGACAAGCUUCUAGACCGGUCCAUGGAGGAACAGACGAAGUUGGGCGACGACAAGUCUGCCGAGUCAGCCUUUGCCCUCGCCCGGGUCUGGGCCCAGGACAAGGCCGGCCUUUCCGAGGACCUCGAAGAGAGCAAGCAGAACCACAACACGAGUGUCUGGGACGAGAUUAUCCAGCAGCGCGAGGAGGAGGCCCGGCGAGAGAAGGAGCGGGAGCUCCAGACUCUUGGGCGGGGCGGCCGCCGACGCAAUGCUGCCAACUACAUGAGCCAGAGACUCCAGUAUGAAGAGGGCGGGGAGGCGCUCCCUCCGGACAGCGACGCCGGGUCUAGAGACGAAGACUUUGUCGGCGCCGAAUCGGAAGCCGAAUCGAGUGACGGAGGGGACGAGGGUGAGUUUAGUAUCAACGGAUCUGAUUCGCGAAAGCUACAGGGCAAAGGUUUACAAGACACCCAAGCCCAAGAAGACCCCAACCCCGCGAACCAAAUCGGCAAAAGCAUCCAAGGCCCGAACGGGAACUCCUUCCAGACAACCGGCCAAGUCCCGCAGCUCCAACACGGAACAGCAAACCCCAAACAAAAAGCGAACCCCCAAGGCCACGGCAAAGGCGUCCCCCAGAGCCACCACCAAGGCAACCCCCAAAGCCAAAUCCCAGGCUACCCCCAAGGCCAAAACUACCGGCCCGGGCAACAAGCCCUCCACCCUGGCGGACAACUCCCCAGCGAACAACGCCCCGCUGGACAACCCCCUGCUGGCAGCAUCCCCGCUAGCCCAAAUUCCCCAGCCAUUCCCGGACGACCAAUUGUCGCCUUCCCCCGCCGACGGCCGCCAAAUCCCGCUACACAGUGGCAACCCCGACCACCAGCCCAACCUCUCAGCGGACCCCCUUUGCGCGGAGUGAUGUUCCUAUCACAGCCGGGUGGGCUAGAACUAUCUUGCGUUGCUCCUCAGCAGAGCCGCGCUGCUGCGGCGCCCCCUAUCGGAGCACUAGCGGCGGACGGAGUGUGCCUUGUCUGCGGCUUCAAGCACCCGGUAUCCUGGGAGUGUCCGGAGAUGUCUCAGGAGCUCCAUCUGCGCCUCGCUCUGGAUCGGCUACGGACGACGCCCCACCUGACGGCACACGAUAUGGGCUUUAUGAGGGCCUUUCUCAUGGAGAAGCUGAGGGUGCUCAAACAGCAGUGGCAGCAGCAGCAGCCCCCGCACCCAUGAUUUCUUUUCCCCGUAUUUUUUUUCUUUCUUCUCUUCACGUUUUCUUGUCCCUCAAGAUGGGCGUGUCGUCUCGUCGCAUAUUCCUUUCUCUUCGUCUUGGUCUUCUAGGGAGGGAGUGGGCGGUUGUGGUCGACCCAUACAUACAUGUGGGGGGAAGUAGAGUUUUGUCCUUUCUUGUUUUGCAUGGAAGAAGGCAUUUCGUUUUUACCCGCAGGCUUUUUUUUACU